AGACGGACUGGCAUAUGUCGCGUGCUUUCGCUCGGGUAGUUGGUUGGAUCGUUCCAUCACUUUUCUUCGGCCCUCCACCAGUUUCCUUUCUUUUCUUCCCUAGCAAAGGAGCAGAAUCGGGCUUUGGCUUUUUUCGAGCGGCGUUUCUUCUCCCCAGGGAAACUCGCGUGUCCGGCGCGGUCAACGGUCUUGGCGAUUGGCCAGUAAGCUCGCAAGGGCAACGCGAGGCAGCGGGUCGACGUUGAGUGCGGUGGUGCUGGCAAACAUCACUGUUAAAACGUGACUUCCGUAGAAAACCUCCCCUGGACGUAUUUUUCAGCCGGAACUGUUCCCGCGUUUUGGUGACUCCAGAGAGCGGCGGCACCUGUCACUUCCCUUUCGUACUUUCUCGCGGCCCGCCGCGCUCAGGCUGUGCUGGCCUGGUGUGCCUAGCGGCAAAUGCCGCGAGCAGCUGACUUUCACGGCGAACGCGAGUGAGAGACCAUCAGUCCGACACGGAACCUCACGGGGUCGGGAUCGCCUCGGAAAUGCCAAAAUUGCCACAGUUCGAAGGCUGCGGAGCCGGACUCGCAUUUCUCUAACCUCCCUUUUCGACGAAUCGUUCCUGUUAACACACGCCUCCACCGGGUACACACCGCGGGGCUUUUUGGCUCGGCACGAGCCCCAGGGACUCAGAUCGCGAGCAAGCCUGUCGGUCAAGGACGAGUGCAGCGCGGCGGGUGUUUGUAUCAAAAACGUCGCCGUCCGGACCCUUUCAAUGAGGAAACGAGUGUCGACGACAAUUACACACAGGAGCUCAAACGCGGCGCCGCACCUUCCCCUCGACUUCUUGACACAAACGCGGCCACGUACCUCACCUUCCGUCUACCCAACGUAAUAUAGCACAGAGUCGCUUCCCCCUUUUUCGACUUGGAAAGUCGACAGCAACCACUGCAGUUAGCAAAGCUAAAUAGUAACGGUUUGUACACAUCGAAACUUCAAUAGACACUGCGCUUGCACCUGCAGCCGGUUCACCUACUGUCACGUGGUGUGAAUCGGAAUUCUUACGGGCACGCGGACGCGUUCCGAGUCAAGUUUAUGCCGGACAUCAGACGCACCGCGGUUCGCAGAAGUAAGAAACGCCUUCCUCUAGAGCGCGUGGGAGAACGCCUGCGUUGCACUCCAACGAAGUUAUCGGUGACAGAACUUUCUACUGUUGAGAGUGGAGUAUCGCGGGGGUCAUCCCGAGCGACGACAGCAAGCAGGCUUCACGGAUUUGUCUUUCGCCGUGGUUCCGACGGAGUGUGCAAGAUGCUGAGUCUCGGAAGAGGUCCAUUUUGAAAUCGGACCCUCCCCGACUUCGACAUAUACCUGCUCGCCCGACCCGCGGCGGGAUAAUGGCAUUUUCGCGUUACCCGUAACGUGCGGAGUCAUUCCACGAUCGCUCGGAUCCGCUUCCUCCAAACUAUUUCCUCAACCCGUACGCUAGCUCGACGGCAGUGCGGACUCCCGCUUCAUCGGGCUUCUCUCCACACCCAGGGUCCGCACACCCCCAGUUCAGUUCCCACGAAAACGGCGGCGGUUUCCCCGACAGCUUUAGACCCCGAGGACUGCACUCCUCCUGAAUGAGCAAUAGAAAGCACAUUGACGGCCUGCUUUCGACAAACAGCACUGCGAGUGCACCUAAAGGUUAUAGGACGCCCCUGGGACCAACGCAAACGAUGUCCUCCCCCGUUUCCCCCUUGUCCUCCAGUGGCCCCGGCGGCCAGACAUCGAAACUCUACGGGUCCUCGACCUUUUCUGUCGCCCAGAACAACGCAGCAAUGGCAGCGGCGCAGGCUGCGCACUCUGCAGGCCUCAAGGUCUGCUCCCAAAGCCGAGGCGGCGGGUCGAGCUCAAGUUCCACGGGGGCUUCUGCAUCCUCUGGGUCUUACCAAACCGCCCGGGCAACGCCCCCGUCGCUCUCUUCCGUUCUGCUCAACUCGCCCUUGUCGCACUUUGCAGCCUCCAGGCCAAGCACUCCGCAGUCUCCGGCACCGCUGGGACGCCGCCCCUUUCAAUCCUUCACGCAUUCCUCCGGAGCUGCCGGAACCGGCAACGGGUCGCCUUCCUCCGUGCUUCCCUCUGCCCGCUUGUCCCCCAGCCAACAAAGCAGUCCACAGUUCCGUUCGCCUUUGUCUGGCGCCGCGGGGAGUGCGUCAACCGGAACAGGGAUAGCGGCGGUUGCUUCUCGAACGUCGCUCGCAGGCGGCAAAUCAUCUGCACGUCCAGCGGAAACUUCGAGCGCGUCGGGCAAGUCUCACCAGACCACGGGGAAUAAAGCGCCGAUGUUGGCUAGUGGAUCCUCAGCCCACUCAAGAAGUGGCACAAAACACGCAGAUGCAGACGCAAAAAAAAAAGCCAGCCUCGCGACUUCUUGGUAUCAGGUCGUCUGUGAAAGCGCCGCUGUCGAGGACGGCAAAGUCCGCAGCUGCUGCUGCAGCGCGCCUAUUCAACCCAGUGUUCUGCAAGGACAACCGCAGCAGCUCGAAGCACGCGUCGUGUACAGCAACACGAAGGCGAUCAUCAGGGGCGUGGAGGACGCGACGCGUCCUGGGUUGUCUUCUCAGGUGUUUCUGAACUCGACGAAUCCGGACUGGGACGCGCAUCCUUCUCUUGCAGUCGAGACUUUGCACCUGGACAAGCUUCUUCAAAGCGCAAUUUACGGAGCAGUCUUCAGAGCCAGUCUGCACACGACUCGAGCCAAGCGGCGGUCGGACAAGUCUGCGUUCAACGGCGAUGGGCUUGACGGGAAGAAGAGCGGAGACGACAUUGGGGUUGAAACGAUGUCAGAAGUGGUCGCAGUAAAGGUUUUGUCGCUGACGCUGCAACUGAACGCGUCUCCAUCGCUUCAAGAAGACUUCCUCUCGGAGCUGAAGUUUUAUCCGUACCUCAAGAACCACCCGAACAUCUUGACGCCGUCCCGAGUGUACGUGGACAGCGACCAGCAACUCCUCUUCCUGGUUUUCCCUUUCGCUGAAUACGAAGAUCUGUUCGAAGUUCUCAAGAAAAGGAAACAACCCUUUACAGAGGGUGAAGUGCGCUGGAUGUGCAGGCAGCUUUUCGAAGCGGUGUAUGAGCUGCACAAACGCGGAGUCGCCAUGAGAGACCUUUCGCUGGAGAACGUGUUGAUUUUCCGUUGCCCAAGGACUGGACAGAUCAUCCCGAAAAUUACAGAUCCUGGUCAGGCCGUGAUUGCAUGCCCACAAGCUGCAGCUCUAGCGCGGGCCUCUGCUUCCACUGGGGACUCCCGCCGAGCGGAAAAUGUGACGGAUCCCGGCCAUGUCCUCCUACCUCCUGACAAGAUCUUCGGCAAGAGUUUCCGGCCUCCCGAGGUGUACAGACAGUGCAGAUACGAUCCGUACAAGGUGGACAGCUUCUGUCUAGGGUGGAUGGUGUACUAUCUGUUGACGAAGCACCAGUUGUUCCAGCGCGCGGUUCCGAGCGACGAAAACUGGCGGUUGCUGGCGAGCAAAGACGCAUCGGAUCUCCUGGAACUUCUAGGGAAGAAGAACGGCGCCGUGCUAUCCGUGGACGGCCUCGACUUCGCGGUGCAGCUGCUGGAGGAAAAUCCGAGCCGGCGGCUGUCGAUUCGCCAGGCCCUGCGACAUCCGUUCAUGACCGGGAAGGUCGUGACGCCUGUGUAUGCAGACAGCUUGUUCCCAAACGAUCCUUUGGCUCAGCAGCAGCACCUGCUGAAACAGCAGCACCACCGGCAGCUUCACCUGGAGCGACAGCAGCGCGUGCAGCAGCAACUCGCACACCAGCGCAAACUUCGCUACAUGCAGCAAGAGCAUCAGCGUUUCCUGAGACAGGAGCAGGAGAGACGUUUACUGCAUGAGCGGGCACUGCAGCUUCGCUACCAGGCACGGAAGGCACAGAGCUCGGAAGAGGUCGCGUCGACGGCUCCAAAGAUCGUCGGCUCGAGUGCUUCGGGUCUCACUCUGAAACCGUCAGCCGUGAAACAGGAGCAGCGCGCGGGGCUGCCUUCGAACCGACAGACCCGGGCCAGCGCUGCGUCGAGGGAAGGCUCGCCUCUGCGCACGAGCGCCCUGCAAAGAAGCGCCUCCUUGAAACGGACGGUGAGCGCCUACAAGCUACGCGCGGCUUCGCGGGAAGAGACUCAGGUGAAGGGGGGCUAUGAACAGCACCCAGAGAAUGCGAGGAGCGGGGUGGCGGCAGCGAGUGCCUCAGAGGCGGGAGCGAAGAACAAAGGCCAGGCCCCCGAACGUUCCGCUGCAGGCUUGCGCGAACUCUCUGCGUCGCGGACUGGCACCCACAGACGCCGCGACAGUACCGCGGUGCAGUCGAGACGCGAGGGUGGCGAGACCACAUUGGAGUUCGAGGGUAUGUCCUCGGGUGCUCGAAAGACCGAAGCGACAGAUUCCCGGGAAGCAGUCGCUCAGGGGGCAGCAAGCAAGUUUCAGGACCUCUCCACGAGCAAGGGGAACGCUCCCGCUUCAGACGCGGCGGUUGGACAAUCAGCCAACCGGGCUGAGCUGGACCUUCGUCCCUCCGCGACGGCAGAAGCGACUAAGAGGAUGAAGGGCAAAGUCGAUGAGAAAAGCAGAACAGGAUGCGCAGAUCUCAGAGGCGCACGGAGGCCAAGCAGCCGAAGCACCGACUCCGGGUCGACGAGUGCUGAAACGUGCUCUUGCUGCAGUGACAGCGACUCUUCGAGUGCAACCGGGGACCCCAGCAGGCGCCACCCGGAUCGUGCAUGCGGAACCGAAGGCCACUCUAAGAGAGAGGGAACGGAUGGGCCUGGCGACGCGAAAAAGAAACCUGCAGCCGUGGGCGCGGGAGCGAAGACCGACCAUCCGCUUCAGGGCUUGAAGCUUCGCAAAUCGGGAAGCUCCAAGAAAAGUGGGAGAGAUGAUACCCACACACAAGACACACAGACAUGCGGAAACAUUGUUUGCGCGCGCGGAUCACUCGCACUGGCUGCGAGCACGGUGCCGGCAGUGGUGUCCUCGGAAGGCACCUGGGAACCGGAACCGGACGGGUCAUUCGUCAGCGACGACACCCUCAAAGAUGAACGCGCGGACGCGCCGAGCCUAACAGUUCGUGUUUCAAAGGCCAAGGACAACUGCGAGAAACUUUCAUUUUCUUCUGCGCGAGCGACAGUCAAAAGUCCUUUGAAACACAGCCCAGUGACUGCAUCGACUCUCAGCCUCGGAGAUUCGUCUUCGGGCGGCGAUGCGGCAGGGACUGAGACAAGAAGAGUCCUUGCUACGAGACGCUCCAGCAGGCAAUCUGUGGCUGCCAUGAUCGAGCGAUUUCAGCAAAUGACAAGACGCUCUUCGCCUGGAUGCGACCUGAGCAGCCCCAAGAGCAGUGCAGCGAGCAACCGACUGUUCGGGAGAAUACCCUCCCCGCGCCCGACGCUCCGGUAGUCGAGCUUGCAAUUCUGAGGGGUGAUACGUUCUGGAGCAAAUUGCCCAAACUUAGAUUAACGAAAUGAGGAAAACGGACCGCAGGUGAGACACGCCUCGCACGCGGCUACGGCGAGUACGUGCGAGAUUGUGGUGUGGUGUGUUUGGAGACAGCUAAUUUUUGCGCACAACCCCAGCAUGUGGUCUCUUGAGGUUUCAACAGUUCCAGGAAUGAGUCGAGGAACAAGUGUGAGAGUAGAGACCGAAGAAAAGUAACUGUAAAGGAACGGGAUCGGGACGGACAAUCCGACAUCUCCAACCCCCCCCCGAUAAGAAGUAUCCACUUAGGCCGGUUACCAUCCGUUGACCAAAAGCUGCUUUGCUUCAUGUGCAAGAAAUUCUGCCGUGAUUCAGUCGAGAGAGGAGUUCAAGCCCGGGGAUUUCUGUUGCUCCAGCGUCCUUGCGUGAAUUUGUGCCCGUUCAGCUACGAUUUGUGUGGAACAUGUGGCGCGCGAGAACGUGGGAAAGCUGUCCGGCAGGCCGUAUGGGAAAAUGACUUCGGUGACAUCAUGACAAGUUUGUGGGCACGCACUCUUCGAGAGCCGCGCUAGGAACCGAAUCGGGCACUCAAGGCGAGACAUUGGCGCCUCAAGGGCGUGUUUUUUCACGUAAACACUCUCACGGAUCAGACCGAUGCGGCGCAGAGCCCGACACGACGGUAGCUAUGUGGUUGCAAUAAGUCCCGCCAUGCAAACUGAGUGUGGUGCUUUGUGGUGUCCAGCUCAUCGCCAGAGGUUCAGUUCCCUUCCUAGCUGUGGAUUGUCUAUCGCUCGGUCUCGUGCGUCUGCCCUCAGUCCUGUGACGCCUGCACAGAUUCCGUUAUGAUAUCGUUCCACCUUGUCCAGGUUUUGUGUCCCUUGUUUUAAGUCACGUAUUGAUGCUUCCUAAGCCACACAGAAAGCCGCAAGGGCGGCGUGUCACCGACUGGCCCGUUUUCGUCUGGGGCGUCAGUUUGCCG